AUGAAGUGCGGGUAUCUGGCGACGGCUGGCCUAAUUGGCAUUUGCACCCAUCUCUCGUAUUUCCGACAUGGAGAACACCAUCUGUAUCCCUGGCGGUAUGUACGAUUUCACCUCUGCCUGGCCCUGGGCGUGUCAGCCCUGCUAUAUGCCAAAAAGCCACCGCAAUACACCCUCUCUCCAGAGGACCUCGUCAAAGAGACCUGUCUGCUUAUGGUGACAUACCUCGUUGGACUGUUCACGUCGCUCCUCCUCUACCGAACACUAUUCCACCCCCUCCGCCAGAUUCGUGGCCCCUGGGCAGCCAAGAUAUCUUCAUUCUGGUUAUCGUUCCGUCUAAGACGUGGGCCGUCAUUCCGCAUCCUUCAUGAAUUGCACGAGGAAUACGGCCCCGUCGUGAGGGUUGGCCCCUCUGAAGUGUCUAUCAUCCACCCGGAAGCCGUCGGGAUUAUCUACGGACCCAACUCACGCUGUUCAAAGAACGCCUUCUACGACAACGGCCAUCCGAUGAUGUCGCUACAUUCGUACCGAGACCGAACGGCCCACGACCAACGCCGCCGGGUCUGGAGCGCGGGGUUCGGGGACCGGGCUCUGCGCGGCUAUGAGCAGCGCAUCCGGGUCUAUCGUCAGAAGCUCUUUCAGCGGUUGGAGGAGAGGGUUGGUGCGGAAUCGACAAUCAAUAUCAGCCAGUGGUUCAAUUUUUACAGCUAUGAUACCAUGGGCGACCUGGCCUUUGCGCGCAGCUUUGAUAUGCUGGACGCAAGCCGGAACCAUUGGGCGGUAGACAUGCUCAUGCAUGGGAUGACCGGGUAUCGGUAUUUGUUUCCGAGUUGGUUCUUUCGACUGCUCGCUACCAUGCCAUCGUUGUCGAAUGACUGGCAUAAGUUCAUCGGGUUUGCGACAGAUACCCUGCUACGUCGCUUGGGGGAGCAAGUGGGUGUUCCGGAUAUCUUCGCGUCCUUGCUUGCGCCGCUAAAUGGCCGGGACCCUACCGAUGACGAGCGCAACAUGCUCAUGGGAGAUGCUAUGCUCAUCAUCACAGCAGGAAGUGAUACCACGGCAACAAGCUUGACGAGCAUCGUGUACGAAUUAGCCCGCCGUCCUGAUGAGGUCGACAAACUACGAGCUGAGAUGGAGCCUAUCGAAGCUGAUAGUGACGGUGAGUACCAGCACGACAACCUCGCCAAACUACCGCAUCUCAAUGGCUUUAUCAACGAGGCAUUCCGGUUGCACUCUCCCAUCCCUGGUGUCAUUCCGCGAAAGACCCCGCCAGAGGGGAUCCAUGUGAAGGAUAUCUGCAUUCCAGGGAAUAUGACGGUGUUCAGUCCGCAAUGGAGUAUGGGUCGAUCCGAAGCUGCGUACGUUGAUCCUGCGAUCUUCAACCCAGAACGGUGGUACAAGCACAUAGACUUGUUAAAAGAAAAGUCGGUCUUCGCCCCGUUCUCCAUUGGACCUUAUUCAUGUAUUGGAAAGCCACUCGCCAUGAUGAAUAUCCGCACAACCGUGGCGCGUCUGAUCAUGACGUUCGACGUAAGGUUUCCAGCGGGUGAGGAUGGGACCCGGUGGAUGGACGCUGCGGAUGAGCACUUUGCCAUGGGUAUACAUCAGAUGCCCGUCGUUUUAACCAGACGCCAUUAG